CAGGAAAAACAGAGAGGGACAGCCCAUCAUCGUCCACCUAAGAAGGUAGAUCAGCUUGGCUUUCUCUUCUCUCUAUCUCAAAAUCGCCAUUGAAACUGAAACAGUUAGAUUCGACAUCUCAAAGGUAUUCUUACAGAUUCAUGAAGCCCUAAUUUCCUAUCUAUGUAAAUUCUCCAAUUACACUCAUCCUUUAAUCUACAAACCAUGCGUUUAUCCUGCCCUUUGUAAUCUCUUCACUCAAAAAUUAAGAAAAAAAUCGAAAUUUUUUCUCCAUUUCUAUUUCAAGAUUCAGAGAGAGAAGAUAUUUUGGGAUUUUGAUCGGGGGAAGAAAUGCCAAGUGUAGCUGUUAAGUUGUAUAGUGUCUUCUUUAAGUUCCUUUUAAAACACCGAUUACAAAGUCGGAUCCAAACACCUAUCGAUUCUUCUUCCUCUUCUUCUUCUAACCCAUUCGGUGUCACAACCCGACCCGAAGAAUCCGUUUCCGCUCCUAAUCCGUCUUUCACCGACGGUGUUGCCACCAAAGAUAUUCAUAUCGACCCCUUCACUUCUCUCACAAUUCGGAUCUUUCUUCCCGAAUCAGCUCUAAAUCCACCUGAACCCGAUUCAAAAUACCAAUCUAAACCUAAAGCAAAACCAAACCCUAAUAAAAGUUCUAAUCUCGAUCAUCUUCACAACGACAAUCACCUUCACGUUAUACGGAGAAACAGUCUUGGACACACUUCUACGGCUAGUAACACUGGAUCACCGUCGCCCCCUGAAUCUAGAAGGAAUAGCUAUGGUUGUACUAAUGAUGUUGUCGUUGUUGAGUCUUUAAAUAAUGUUGUUUACAGAGGAUACGCACCAAAUGUUGAUAAAACAAAGAAAUUGCCAAUAAUGUUGCAAUUUCAUGGUGGUGGAUGGGUUAGCGGAAGUAAUGAUUCAGUUGCCAAUGAUUUCUUCUGUAGAAGGAUUGCUAAAUUAUGUGAUGUGGUUGUCGUUGCGGUUGGCUAUAGGUUGGCCCCGGAGAAUAAGUAUCCAGCUGCUUUUGAAGAUGGGUUAAAGGUUUUGAAUUGGUUAGGAAAGCAAGCUAAUUUGUCUGAGUGUAGUAAAUCCAUGGGGACUGCUAAAGGUGCCGCGGAGUUUAAGAAGGCUGAUCUUGCUAGACAUAUUGUUGAUACUUUUGGUGCGUCUAUGGUUGAGCCAUGGCUCGCUGCUCAUGGUGAUCCAUCUAGAUGUGUUCUACUUGGAGUUAGUUGUGGUGCAAAUAUUGCAGACUAUGUGGCUCGAAAAGCCGUAGAGGCAGGCAAGCUUUUGGAUCCUGUUAAUGUUGUAGCUCAGGUCUUGAUGUAUCCGUUCUUCAUUGGGAGCAUCCCUACACAUUCUGAGAUAAAAUUGGCAAAUUCCUACUUCUAUGAUAAGCCAAUGUGCAUGCUUGCGUGGAAACUCUUUCUACCAGAGGAAGAGUUCAGUCUUGACCACCCAGCUGCCAACCCCUUGAUCCCUGGCAGGGGACCUCCUCUAAAGCUUAUGCCCCCAACACUGACAGUGGUAGCAGAACAUGACUGGAUGAGAGACCGGGCCAUUGCUUACUCUGAGGAGCUGAGGAAGGUGAAUGUAGAUGCCCCUGUUCUAGAGUAUAAGGAUGCAGUUCAUGAAUUUGCAACCCUUGACAUGCUUCUGAAGACCCCUCAGGCCCUGGCAUGUGCUGAGGACAUUGCUAUUUGGGUCAAGAAGUACAUUUCAUUUCGAGGCCAUGAGUUUUCAUAUUAAGGGGAUAGCAAGUCAAAGCAAAAGAUACUGCACAAGGGGCAUCAUAUAUCUGUGUCAUGUUACCUAGUGAGAGAGUACUGGCUAUACUAUCACGCGGGAUUGCGAAAAGAAGGGGUUCUAUAAAAUUUUUUCAUUGGUUGUUUCUGGGUAAUGUAGUUGCUGGGGGGGUUCAUCACUUUUUCCUGUUUACAACUUGAGCUGUCGGGUUCAAUUUUGUAAGAUAUAGAACUUCCGAGUUUAGGCUUAGUCUCCUGUCGAGGAUGUGCCACAUUAGGACUUUGUCGACAGAUAGAAUUUUAUCCCCGUGUAUUAAAAUGUACUAUUGCUCCUGAACAGAGUCAAUGAAUGAAUUUUUCUUUUAUC